AUGAGUUCAGAAUACAUCUACACGCCGCUGAGUGACCCCGACACUAUCAGAGUACUCGAGAUCGGUCUGCUUCACCCGGAUAGCCAUCAGCUAAGCGGGCGACUCACCACCGAAAGCCUGCACGAUCAGCCCGAUUAUGUCGCCUUGUCUUAUGUCUGGGGAGCUCCAUCGCCUACGGACCUGUUGAUUGACAUCGAUGAUCAUCCGUUCCAAGUCAGAGAAUCACUCUUUCAAGCCAUCAGAGCCUUGGUAUCCGACACCAAGAUCAGGAUCUGGAUCGAUCAGAUCUGCAUUAAUCAGAACGACAACACGGAGAAGGAACAACAAGUACAGCUCAUGUCCAAGAUUUAUAGCCAGGCUCGAAUGGUCGUAGGCUGGCUUGGCGAUGAAGCCGACGAAAGCGACCUUGCCAUCGUGUCCUUCAGCUACAUCACUCGCAUUUCAAGAGAGGCAAUGGUCGAGGAUCCCAAACUGAGUCCGCCGCCCCACGAAUUGAGCAGCAAAAAUCAUGCUGAGCUCAUCUCCGAUAUAAUAAAUCCUGUGGGAGGAAAGCUGGGACGUGCCUGCGCUGCACUUGUUCAACGACCGUGGUUUCGCAGGCUGUGGAUCGUCCAGGAGAUGGCUCUGGCCAAAGAGCUCGAACUCCGCUGCGGCACAUCAUCGAUCUCUGGCGACGAGUUCUUCACUGCAAUUGCAUCGCUAUUCUCUGCAAUCACAGACUCUGCUUCGACCGCCAUUGGUGCCAUUUAUGGGAGUGCCCUGAAGCUAGGACAGCUUCGGGAACAAACAUUCACCGGGCCCUGCGAGUCUUUUCCCCAUCUCCUCCAGAAAAUAUGCGCCUGGGAGUGUGAAAAGCCUCAAGACCGCCUGAACGGUCUGUUCGGGGUUGCUUUUUGCCGCGAUCCAGCUGCCGCGUGGUUCAAACCUAGCUACUCUAUGUCAGGACCCGAGCUGUUCGCCAUGUUUGCGGCGGAACACAUACUCGUCACCGGAGGGCUGGAGAUACUGCACUUCAAAGGAUGCGAUGAUACUUUAGUUCAAGUGAAACAAGAGGCAGACGGGUUACGAUUCCUUCCCGUAACAACCCCAGUGAAUGAUCUCGCUUCAUGGGUGCCAAAUUGGCAAGUGAGAACGCGGCCAUUACCACUGUUGACCAACGUUCAAGACAACAUCGAGGCAAACUUCUCGGCAACGGCUUCUGAGCCGGAUUAUUCCCUGAAUCGAAUUUCUCAGACGCUGAGUGUCCGCGCCGUCGAGGUUGACAAGGUGAAGAUGAGAGGUCCACAGUACCUUCCGUUCGGCGGCCAUUGGGCCGGUCUCGUGGAUGGGUGUUUUCUCGAGUGGCUGGAAUUAGUCAAACACUACAUCGGCAGCAAGGAAGCCGAGUCCAUGUUCCCUUUAACUGUGACGAUGGAUAGGAAGGUGGCCGUACCAGGACGGUUCCCGAACCGCUUCGACCCCAACACCAUCCUGGACCAUCUUGAACGUCAUGCCCAAGAGAUGGUGCCUGGAGAAUAUCCUGAAAAGAAUAAAGGCUACUGGAAAGAGACGAUCGAUGCGGUAACCGAGUUUCGGUAUCUUGCCGAGGAGCUCUGCCGCUACCGCGUCUUGUUCGUCACUGAGAGUGGGAGGCUGGGUUUGGGAAGUAGCCAGGUUGAGGAGGGAGACUCAAUCUAUCUUAUUCACGGGCUCAAGACACCAUUCGUAGUAAGUUAUCGCUCACAGGGGCAUCUUCUGCGAGGGGAGUGCUAUGUGCAUGGGUUGAUGGAUGGGAAGGUCCACUGGUCGGACCAGGAUACUACGUUGCAUCUGCGUUGA